UUUUAUAAGAUUUUAAUUCCAAAAUUUUACGCUAGAAGUGAACGAGAGCCAUCUAUCGACGAGACAACGACGCUGUUGUUCUCAGUUAAAAGCCGUCUCGAACAUGGCAGGUCGUUUUGAAGAUGAUUUCUCUGGAAGGUCUUCGGGUUUCCGUGAUCAAGGAAACCGAGGAAACAGAAGUGGAGGGCAGGGUUAUCGCAGUGGUAACUCAGGCAAGCCCCUCCCUGAGGAGCCCCCAUACACAGCUUACGUUGGAAAUUUACCUGAUGGAACAGUACAGGGAGAUUUAGAAAAUAUGUUUGAAAAUCUCACAGUGAAGAAUGUGAGGAUGGUUCGUGACAGGGAGACUGAUCGUUUCAAAGGUUUCUGUUACGUUGAAUUUGAUUCCCAAAAGGACUUGAUUCAUGCAUUAGACUUGGAUGGUGUUCUUUGUGAGGGUAAAACACUUCGUGUCGACAUCGCCGAGGGUCGUAAGAAUGACAACAGAGGAGGAGGUGGUGAUCGAGGUGGAGGUGGAGGGGACUGGGGCCGAGGUGGAGGCCGAGGAGGUCCAAGAGGUGGCGGAGGACGUGGUGGUUUCGAUGAUGGAGGAGGUGGCGGUGGCAGCUUUGGCGAUGGAGGCCGAGGGCGAUCUGAUCGUGGUGGUGGUGGAUAUGGCGAUCGUGGAGGUGGAGGAGGAGGCUAUAACGAUCGAAGAGGAAACUCUUACGGUGGAGGCGAUCGUGGAGGUGAUCGAGGAGGUCGCUAUGGGGAUUCCGACAGAGGAAGUGAUCGAGGAUCCUAUGGUGGCGGCGGCGGAGGAGGCUACAAUGAUCGCAGAAGCGAUGCUGGAGGCUAUGGAGAUCGCCGUGGUGGAGGAGGAAGCCGAGGUGAUGGAGAUAGCUAUGGCGAUCGACGUGGUGGCGGCGAUCGUGGCGGUGAUCGUGGUGGUGGCGAUCGUGGUUACUCCAAUUUUGGUAGCCGACCCAGAAGAGACUCGGAUCGUAAGCCUCCGGCAGAAGAAUUCCGUGAGCCCAACGCUGAGGAAGCUGCCGCUCGUCCCAGGUUGAAUUUGCUUCCGCGCUCAGUCGGGGCACCUCCGGCCGCACUUGCACCCACAAGCCAGACUGCAAGCAUCUUUGGCGGAGCACGCCCAAGAGAAGAAGUUUUGAAGUCUCGACCCGAUGAUCAGAACUCUUCAUAAAAAGGAAAGCAAGAAAAAAAAGGACGUCAAAAGGAGGAAACAGAACGGAAGAUGAUUCGCACCUACCUAUAAAGACAAGACAACAAAAAAUAAAAGUCCAACAAAAAAAAAGUUUAAAAACGAAAAAAAAAAAAUCUGAAAAAGCGUGAAAAAUAAUUCUCUUGACUAGCUGAAAUGGAAAACAAACAAAAUGGACUUGGCAAGCAAGUAUCUCGUGGCGCGGAAAUCCUUCUUUUUGCUGCUCCAUGCCACCCUUCCACGCAAUUUCGCCGUCGUUUCGUGUACCUUUAGAAAACAAAGAAAAAAGAAGGCCCUAUGUGUUUGUAAUUCUCAAAUGAUGAUCAUGCUAACACGUACGCAAGUCUCUAUUUUGACACUUCGAGCCUACUGUGCUACGAUGUUGAUUUCCCCUCACCAUUAGAAGAAGAUUGAUUGGAAAUUUUUUUUUCCAAUCGUGAACGUUUUUUUUUUCCUCCCGCAAUUUCUGAUUUAUUAUCAAUUUUUUUUUGUGGCUGUAAUUGGUAUCGUCUGGAUCCCUCUAAAAAUAUUCACCCGACUCUCCUUUGUAUGUCUGGUAGAUCGUAAAAGCGCGGCUGAGUUUGAUUGUUCACAAAUACUUUGUGUUUCGCCCGA